AAUAUGGAAGCUUCUAAUGGAAAAUUAUCCAAGAGUAAUGCCGAUACAGCUAAUCAGAAACAAAAUCCUAAGUUUCUUGUAGAGGUAAACAACAUUGAGAAACAGCUUUGGACACUAAUCCACUCAAAGGGUAUAUUGCAUCCAGAUGUUUCAGAAUUGUACGCCAAAGCAGGUUCGACCUACGAGCAGAUCUUUAAAAGCAAUCUUCAACACGAAGAGCUUCAAGAAGUAGAGUUCUGUCUCUGGAAACUUCACUACAAACACAUCGAUGAGUUCCGUAAGGGCGUCAAAAAAGAUGAUCAUGUGAAAGCAUUCAAGUUGUUUCUGUUGAGAGCCGCCGAGUUUUACCAGAAUCUUAUUUCAAAAGUCAGAGGAUAUUACCACGGGCUCUUUGAGGAAUCUGGACAACAAAACAGCAGAUUCUUGUGCCAUCGUUUCUAUAUUUGUCUUGGAGAUCUUGAAAGGUAUAAAGAACAGUAUCUGAAAACACACGAACAUCCUAACUGGUCAACCGCAGCUACGUACUAUCUUGAAGCUGCAAAAUCUUGGCCUGAUAGUGGAAAUCCUCAUAACCAGCUAGCUGUAUUGGCCACUUAUGUUGGUGAUGAGUUCUUGGCUCUGUACCACUGUGUGAGGAGCUUAGCUGUGAAAGAACCUUUUCCUGGUGCUUCCAACAAUCUUCUUUUGUUGUUUGAGAAGAACAGGUCUUCUCCUUUGCAGUCUCUGUAUACUGAUGCACAGUUCAACUUCUUAAACCCAUCAGAGAGAAAUGUUACUGCGAAAGACAAAGGAGAAGUAAUGGCUGGAACUGAUUUAUGGCCACUGGUUGUUCGAACAACUAGCUUCUUUUUCCUUAAAUCCAGAUUCGAUGAAUUUGGUUCCACAUUUGCAUCAACUAUGAGAGUAUUGGAUGCAGCGUUUGCAGCAGAUGAUAGAGAUCUAGAGGCCAUGCUGGAGUCUUAUCAAGUUAUGGACACGAAGAGAAGAGGACCUUAUAGAAUCCUCCAACUUGUUGCGGUUUUCGUCUUCAUCUUCGACAACUUAGCCGAGUUUAAUGGAUCAGACAACGCGAAAGAGGAAGCAGAGCUAACAAACUUAGCAUUAACAAUGGUGUUCAUCGUCAUGGGUAGAGUUGCUGAGAGAUGUUUGAAGACGUCUCCCUUGGAUUCUAGCCCUCUCUUACCUGCUCUACUUGUAUUUCUAGACUACUUACCGUUUCUGCUUCACAAGGCAGAAGAAAAAGAAGAAUAUGAAUGCAGGUUUGAUGAGAAGAGCGAGACUGCGAUAUCUUACUUCUUUGGCAAGCUCGUUGAUUUCUUGAACCGGUUAAAGAUGAAUGGUGAAAACUGCUCUGUUAAAAUGAUGGUAGCUCUUUGGGAGGAUCAUGAACUGAGGUCAUUGGCUCCUCUGGCUCCUAUACAAGCACUUUUGGAUUUCUCAAGUGACAUGGAUCUAAGAGAGAGUCCUGAUAGAGGGAAAGAGCUUCGUCUUCAACGGAUUAUUAAUUCCGCUAUUAGGAUCACAAGUAGACAGAAGAAGGCUUCUCAAAAGUGGUUAUGCUUUAACAAGCAAAGGACUCACUUUUACACAACUUCAGGUGAAUCGCAAUGCAAAGAAGAGCUCUUUCAAGAAAUUCCAGAGGAAAGUAACAAAAGUUGUGUCACUAGUGAGAAUGAAAGAUCUGCACCUGUAGAAGAGGAAGAAGUCAUUCUUCUCAAGCCGCUUCUAAGGUGUCAAUCUGCUCCAAUCUGUUCUUCAGGCAUUGCAACGAAGCCACUCAGCUCCAAUAACACAACUUCAUUUGAUGAAAGCCUAAGACGUAGCUCAUCACUCAUUGUGAACCAUAGCCCACAGGAUACUAACUCUGAAAGUUUCAGCUUCAUGCAAGGUCCUAAGGACACGGAUCAGAAACCUUUGCAACUAGAAGAAGGCACUGUCUCAGGAAGACCUCCAUCGCUGAGCGCAUGGGUGGUUGACAAGAGUAAAGAGAAUGGAAGAUUCGGUUUAAGUAAACCAAACGGGUUGAGCCCUAUUGAUGAAACAAUCCCUGUCACAUCCUUUGAUAGUCUCUCCAUCAGUAGCAGCACCGAGGAUCCUGCUUCUUUGUAUACACCUCCUACUCCGUCUGCUCCUUUACUGCCCGAAGAUGCUUCUUGGUUUCAUAAUGGCGUUAGUACUAACAAAGCAGAGAGCCUCUAUGACCAGACAAGAUUCGUGAAGCCAUAUUCAAACCCGCCAUUUGUUGGGAUUUCUUCUUCUGAAUGGUUACGUCGAUACAGAGAAAGUCGGAAUCUUGGACCGGCCUAUACCUAUCAAGCUCAGGGCACAAACAAUUUGAAGAACAUCUUGGCUCAUGGGUCUUCCAAGUUCAGUCUCUUAGCUAGGUACGGUACACCAAAUGAUCAGUCGAUGAUCUCUUCUGAAAACUCAACAUUUUACCCUCAGAUACACAUGGAAGGCCAUGAACCUAAAGGAGAGAAGCUCUUCAACGGUCAACAAAGCACAACAAACGGAUAUGACUUCAGUGAUGAUCCCGGACCGUUUCUUCGAUUCCUGAGAGAGAAAGAGUGGCUGAAUGAGAAUGGUCAGAGGCUAAGAGGACCUUCUCCUGCAUAUAUGAACAACUGA